UGUCAUCAAGAGUGAAUCUGUUAAUAACCCACCAAAUACAUGCACAUUAUUUUGUAACCCCCCUGAAAACACCAAACAAUGCAGUGAUACAGAAAAAAGUUCUAUUAAAGUAGAUCCUUAUGAUAAAACAUCAGAAAUUGACCAAUUCCCCCAUCACCCUGACAUCAGUGAUACAGCCCAGAACCCAAAGACCAACUCCCUUGUUCCUGAAGACUCACUAUCCAACUACCCGAACAUGGAUGAACAGGUCCAAGACCCAGACAAUGAUUUACUGAUUCUCAAAGUAGAGGAAGUAGACAAUGACCCAAGUUCAUGUGCGGGCUUCACACAUCCCAUCAUAACUAUAGAGGAAACAUCUGAAAAUGACUCUCCCGUUCAUAGCCCUGGGGAAACCCUUAAUGACCCAGGACAGGUCAACAAAUCAUCUCCCAUUUCUGAUGCUCAACAAGACUCGAUAGAUAGUGAAUCUGAAUUAGACAUUGGGAGUGAUUUUUCAAGCCCUUUAUUUGAGGGUCAGACCUCAGUUUCGGCUUUGCUUGUUGCAAAUUCACCAGUAGCAUCCUCAACACCAUGUUGUACAAAAAUCCCUUUACUUUGCACUCAUGCAAAGCAAUUGUCACAAAACAAGCAAAAUAAACUUGCACACAAAUUUGGUGCACGUGCAAAUAACUGUGAUGUUGUAACCAGAGGGGCAAAACAAAGGGACAAACUUGGUUCUGGGUUACUUGAGGAGGCAGAGUUCCGGAAUCACCUCAGAUGGCCAUUCAGAGGAAAAGCUUUGAACUCAGGUGGCAAAGAUAUAGAAGGAGAUCCAAGUGAUGGUUCUGCUGCAGUUGAUGGUGAAUUGCAUUCAAGUAUUGAGGACUCAAGCAAUACCUUCCUGUGUUCCAGUGAUAGUUGCACCACAGAGGACAGUAAUGAGUGGUAUAGUGACAAAGAUAUUGACAUUGAGAGAUUUGAGGAGAAUGAUGAAAAAACGAACGUCUGCCGUUUGAGAACGAAAGCAAGAAGGAAAGCAAAGAAAGCUGCUCUACACAGAUGGCCAAACAGUCGAAUGGACUCUCAACCGGUGGAAUGCAUGUCUGAUCUGCCGCUAUAUAAGCGAACAUGGCAUCUGAAUCAUACUGCAAGAAAACGGAAACAUCAGGUUGAAUUGCAGCAGUGUUUUGAUUCUUUGAAAAUGACUCUGAACGUUGAAGAACAUGUUAAAAUAAACGAUCAAGACAUUCUCAAUCAGGCUCGUCAGAUGAUUGAAGAUCUUGAGGAGCGCAGCAGAUCUCUGAUGGAGAAGAAAAGGGCUUUGACUGAGAAACAUUCACAUUAUCAUGCUCUCAUCUCACAGCUUACUGGAACAGCUUUACAACAGAAAACUCCCUCAUCACCCCAAACUACACCAGAAACCACUGCAUCCAACCAAUCAGUGGCAAAUAAACUCUUACGUUUGCCCAGCAUAGUGCUGAUGUCAUUUAACAAGAUUUAGGACCCUGUCGGCAGGAUGUGACUGGAACUUCAUGAUCUCAGGACUCCAACAAAGACAAGCAGCUUUAUAAAGAGUGACAUCUGAAAGAGCAGCACUUCUGAAAUGGAAAAUGGAAAACAGUGCCUUAUAAAGUGAGAUGUGCUCUUCAAAGAGUCCUCAUUUAAUGCUGAUGUAAUUCACACAGAGAAUACCACAGUGAAAAAGACAGAAUUAUGUAUACUGCAGUAUUCUGGAGCAUUACCAGAGUAAUAUCCCCAAUGUUGCCUAAAUUGUGGGAUAGAAAUACUUUUGAUUUGCUGUUGGUGAUGGUCACAAUUCUCAGUUUUUCAUCUUGUCUUUACGUUUCAGUUAAAAGGAAAGCAUUACACUACGUCUGAACAUAGAUUUACAACAGUAAUGAGAGGUUUUCGUAAAAAUAAUGUAUUAAUAUUACUCAGGAUAUGACUUGAUUAUGACCUCAUAAACCCCACAUUGGGGCAAUAUGCUAUGGCUUCUUGUUUAUUAGUAACAUUAUUGUACAAAUGAAAUUAAUUACAGAUUUAUUUUCAUUUCGUUUUUAAUCAUGGUCAUAUUUUGCAAUGCUUCUGUGUAAUUUAGGAUCACUGAAUUAAUACUAAAGAAAUCCUAACUUGCAUUAACUUUCUCAUGCUCGUAAAUAAAGAGGAAUGUAACAAAAAUAUCUAGAUUAUUUUUCUGUGCAUUAAUAUUGUACAGUUUUAUGAGUUAAGUGGAUAUUGUUAAUAAUGUUACUAAUUAUUUUGAUUUUUUCAUUCAAUCCACUUUUAUGUCCUGAUGUUAUAGUUUAUUGAAAAACACUGGCCUCGAGCUACUGUUUUGAGGUGUCUUUUGUUUAUAUAUGUAUAAUGUUCUUUGGGGCAUACCUAAUAAUUGUAGUAUUGUUCCUCAGCUAAUGAAGUAUUUAAAUGUUUCAAUCUGAACUUGUACAGUAUGAGGUGUCGAAUGUGAGAAAACAUGCUACAAAAAAUGUGAAGUUUACCUUGAGAUAUAUAUAUAUAUAUAUAUAUAUAUAUAGUUUACAUACACUUAGGUUGAAGUCAUUAAAAAAAAUGUUUAACCACUCCACAGAUUUAAUAUUAGCAAGCUAUAGUUUUGGCAAGAUUUAGGACAUCUACUUUGUGCAUGACAGGAGUAAUUUCUCCAACAAUUGUUUACAGACCGAUUGUUUCACUUUUAAUUGACUAUAUCACAAUUCCAGUGGGUCAGAAGUUUACAUACACUAAGUUAACUGUGCCUUUAGGCAGCUUGGAAAAUUCCAGAAAAUGAUGUCAAGCCUUUAGACAAUUAGCCAAUUAUCUUCUGAUAGGAGGUGUACUGAAUUGGAGGUGUACCUGUGGAUGUAUUUUAAGGCCUACCUUCAAACUCAGUGUCUCUUUGCUUGACAUCAUGGGAAAAUCAAAAGAAAUCAGCCAAGACUUCAGAAAAAUAAUUGUAGACCUCCACAAGUCUGGUUCAUCCUUGGGAGCAAUUUCCAAACACCUGAAGGUACCACGUUCAUCUGAACAAACAAUAGUACACAAGUAUAAACACCAUGGGACCACACAACCAUCAUACCGCUCAGGACGGAGACACAUUCUGUCUCCUAGAGAUGAACGUAGUUUGGUGUGAAAAGUGCAAAUCAAUCCCAGAACAACAGCAAAGGACCUUGUGAAGAUGCUGGAGGAAACAGGUAGACAAGUAUCUAUAUCCACAGUAAAACGAGUCCUAUAUCGACAUAACCUGAAAGGCUGCUCAGCAAGGAAGAAGCCACUGCUCCAAAACCACCAUAAAAAAGCCAGACUACAGUGUGCAAGUGCACAUGGGGACAAAGAUCUUACUUUUGGAGAAAUGUCCUCUGGUCUGAUGAAACAAUCAUUGAACUGUUUGGCCAUAAUGACCAUUGUAUGUUCGGAGGAAAAGGUGCGGCUUACAAGCCGAAGAACACCAUUCCAACCGUGAAGCAUGGGGGUGGCAGCAUCAUGUUGUGGGGGUGCUUUGCUGCAGGAGGGACUGGUGCACUUCACAAAAUAGAUGGCAUCAUGAGGAAGGAAAAUUAUGUGGAUAUAUUGAAGCAACAUCUCAAGACAUCAGCCAGGAAGUUAAAGCUCGGUCGUAAAUGGGUCUUCCAAAUGGACAAUGACCCCAAGCAUACCUCCAAAGUUGUGGCAAAAUGGCUUAAGGACAACAAAGUCAAGGUAUUGGAGUGUCCAUCACAAAGUCCUGACCUCAAUCCGAUAGAAAAUUUGUGGGCAGAACUGAAAAAGCGUGUGUGAGCAAGGAGGUCUACAAACCUGACUCAGUUACACCAGUUCUGUCUGGAGGAAUGGGACAAAAUUCCAGCAACUUAUUGUGAGAAGCUUGUGGAAGGAUACCCAAAACAUUUGACCCAAGUUAAACUAUUUAAAGGCAAUGCUACCAAAUACUAACAAAGUGUAUGUGAACUUCUGACCCACUGGGAAUGUGAUGAAAGAAAUAAAAGCUGAAAUAAAUCAUUCUCUCUACUAUUAUUCUGACAUUUCACAUUCUUAAAAUAAAGUAGUGAUCCUAACUGACCUAAGACAGGGAAUGUUUUCUACCAUUAAAUCUCAAGUUAAAUGUAUUUGGUUAAGGAGUAUGUAAAAUGUGUGCUUUAAGGUGUUUGUUAUUAUUUAUUUAAUCAGAGACAGUACACAUUAAGAAACAAAAUAUCAAUGUAAAAUGUGUCAGAAUUAGCCAAGAUGGCUGAGUUUCAUCUGUAGUGAGCAGUUUGAUGUUAAAAAAGGAGAAAGAAGGAAAAGAGAGAAAAAACACAAUCACAUAAAAACAAAUUUCAAUUAAUAAAAAACUAAAUAUUACACUAAACACCUAUAAAUGUUGACAGUUUUUAUUUGACAUCAACCAAAUGUUUAAUUGUUUAGAGAAACCAACAUGAUUAGUUUGAUGUUUUAAUUCUAUUGGAAGUCUAUUCCAGUCAUGGGUUCCUCUAAAAGCAAAGGAUGAUUGACUAAACAUUAGUGUUAUAAUCACCCUUUGUACCAGCUCUUGUGUACCUUCCUGUUGUUUUAUUAAUGUACUCCUUGAAUAUGAGUGGAGCAAAACCAUUCAGAAUCUUAAAAACCAACACAAAAUCAGCAAAUCUUAACAGAUGCUCCCAGCACAAAAAAGAAUACUUAAUUAAAAUACCACAGUGAUGGAAACUAUUUGACUUUAUAGUCUAAUACCUUAAGAGCUUGCUUAUAGACAGUUUCAACAGGCUUAAGAAUGGACAUGUUUGUGUCCAAGUAGUCAUGUAAUAUGUAAUAUGUGGAAGAAGAAUCAUAGCACUCAUGAAUAACACUGCUGCAUCUU